GUCAAUUGUCAAAUUGUGGAUGUGGAUGGCGUCAGGCGGGCGUCCGUCUACUUUUCGAGAAUAUUGCAAUUGCAGUGAAGUGAAAACACAUAAUAAUACGAGUACAACGUUCGGUAUAACUUUCUGUUCUUGUAAUGUGAAUUAUUAAGUCCUGAAAAUGGGAAAAAUCGGGGAUUCUAACUCUAAUACCUGCUCCGUACCGGAGUGUAAAUCUCGAAGUACGAAUGAAAUAACACUAUUUCAUUAUCCUAAAGAAGAGGCGCAGAGAAAAAAAUGGGCUGAUGCUAUCAAAAUUGAGAGUAAAAUUACUCAAAACAUGCAAGUUUGCAGCCGUCAUUUUGUGAAGAGUGAUUACAUUAUAUCAGAUAAUGCAGGUGCCAAAGUGAAGAGGCUAAAGAAAACAGCUGUUCCAUCUCAGAACUUGCCAUGGCAGUUCCCCAACAAAAGGGUCAGUCCGACCCUUGCCAAGGCUCGGAUGGAGCGCCUGAAGAACCGACUACAGAAGGUGUCUGAUUCUCCAGACAAGCCUGAAACUUCAGCCACUAAACCAGAGACUCCAGCUAAAAAACCUGAAAGUGGCAAAAAAUCUGAGUCUAAUAAAAAACCUGAGGCAGCAUCAAAAUCUACUGAAGAAACUGAGGAUACAGAUGAAAUAAAGAGUGAGGUGGUAAGUGAGGAAGAUGAUGUAUCUACUGGAAAAACAUCUGGCGGUCCUGAUGUGGAGAAAAUUGAAGAAAUUGAAAAAAAUAAUGAUGAAACUGUUGAAGAGGAUGAAAGUGAAGCUUCAGAGGCUAAAAAAGACGAUAAUAUACCUGCCCGUGGCCCGACUAGGCUCAGACAGCGGGAGGGAACCAUAAAAUGCGAGUAUUGCGGUAGAAAGUGUCUUACGCCCCAAGCGUUGCAGACUCAUCAACAAAUUGCGCAUAAGAACGCUAGAAAUAACCUAAUUAAUCCUAAAAAGGACUCUCCAGUUAAUAAUAAGACUAAAUCAUCGCCUAAACCAACCAUUGUGCCGUUAAUUUCUGUGAAAAGUCCCGAAAAUCUCCUGGCCAAACCGCCGGUGAAAGCGAAGCCAGCUGUGUCUCUGAACACGCGGCAGGUAGAGAAAGAGCUUCAAGACGACAGUGACUACAUCGCCACAUCGAGCGACUCCUCUGACGUGAGUGUGAAGGAAGAGAUUGUGGAAAAAAAGGAACAGCGGAAGACUGAAUUUGAGUGUCCAAAGUGUAAGAGACGGUUUGCUGUGUACUUUAUGGCAUACAAGCAUAUACAGACGCAUCAUUCCGGGACGCCGAACGGAAGUAAAACGACAAACCUUAUCCCGAAACCAACCCGCAUAGAGAUCUGCACAAUCUGCAACAUGCCGGUCAACAGCAACUCCCAUGUGUGCGCCGGACCACUGAAGUUAGCCAUGGGGCUCGUAUGCGCUGGCUGCGACCAGGAGUACAAGACGCUCUCUAUGUUCGACAUGCACAAGGGCAGCAUGCAUAGCGACGGAGUUGAGAGCAUGUUCUUCUCUACUCUAGAUGAAUUUGAGCAAUGGAAGCAGAAAAUGGAAAACCAAACCAAAGCGAAGUACGCAAUAUUGGAUCAGAACGAUACGAAGAAAAUCUACCGCUGCACUUACCUUACUGGGAUAGCUGGCAAAUACAGCCGACGGAGGAUGUGUCCGUCUUCUGUCGUGGUUCAAGAGUUCACCAAGGGUUUCCAGGUGCACUACUACCCCAACCACUACGGGCACGACUACCAGAAGUACAACCUCAGCAGCGCCUUCCAGCAGUACUCCAUCACCUCCCUCAUGAACCUCACCGCUAGGCAGCUACCUGACGACGAACCCCUCAAGACUACAGACCUCGACAGCCCAGACCUCUACUUGCAGUUCCAGAAAAUUACAGAAACCAUUGUGAACGAAGCGGCAAGAAUUAAUGUCAACGGUCUUAAAAACCUUAUGAGAAAGGCUUUAGAGAUGAUGGAAGUUAUUAACAGCUAUGUCGAAGAUGAUGAUGAUGACGGGAUCACUAGUUCCAACUCAAUUUUAAAAUUAGAUUCUGAUAAAGAUAACUUGCAAGAUGAUGUUAAGUUAGCGUUGGCGAAUUUUAAGAGGAAAUCAAAAACGAAUUCGGGUUAUGAAACACCACCUAAAAGGAGCAAAUCGGUGUUUCAAAGCACAGAAAAUUUAAAAACGCCUAAAAACAGCAGGUCUAAUUCUUCAACUAAAGAAACGGAAGUUAGAAAAGAUACGCUAAAGUUAAAUCAAUCUCCAACAUUCAUAGAUACUUUCCAAGACUUUGUGGGUAAAAGUGUAACGAAAACUGAUGACAGACUUGUGAAAAAAACUGUCAGUGGAAAAACGCCGCCAGUUAAGAAUAAAAUCGGUCAAUUCAAGCCUAAAACUCCUCCAAAGAAAGUCACGUUCUCUCCGACUAAGAUAUCAUCUAAGAAAAGUAUUAAAGAACCGGAAUAUGAAGUUAAAGAACAGGAGAAUGAUUGUAAUAUAUUGAUUUUGAAGAUUUAGUGAUUAAGAAAAUGGACUGGUAAGAACAUAUCCUUAAGCGUAAAGAAAGGCCAACGCACGGCUGCGUGUGCGUAGAUUUGCACGUGCGCGUGCGCCUAAAAUGUGCGCAAACGGUGUGUCGUCUCUCAUAAUAAUCUGUAUAUUACAACGCGCAUGCGCACGACGUGCACACGCAUCCGAUGUGCGGGCCUUAGUGUUUUGAAAUGAACAUGUUUUUAGGACUUCAAGAUUUUAAGUAUGAUUUCACUGACAAUCAAAAGUAUAGCAGGAAAAUAGGCUAUUUUUCAAGUCAAAUCAGCUACUCUUUAUCCCUUUUAUCACGCCAAUAGAAUAGGGUAGUUGACAAUUUUUUUUUAAUGGUAUCAGUCGAUCAGGUUUGUUUUGAGGAUCAAAUGUCUGUAUGGGACCCAUUGUCUUAAAGCAAUACAAAAGUCACAAAUGAUGGUCAAAGUCUGGCAUCGCCACAUUACUGAACAAACGCUCUAACACAAAUGGCAAUACAUCGUGACGUCACUGUGUCACUUUGCUUAGAAGCCGUUUCGAUGUAUGGAAAACGAGGAAAUUGCGAUUUUGUCGGUGAAAUGUUGCGUUUAUGUAUAUUGUUGCUAUACAUUUUUUUUAAAUGAAAUGUAAGGAAUCGAAUGGUAUCGUUUUUUUUCCUAUUUGAAAGUUAUUUUUUUUAUUAUUAUUCAUAUUUAUUUUUUAAGUUUCCAAUUUAUUGUGAUAAAUUGCUCAUUUUCUAUCUAUUUAACUUGAUUUAGUUAUAAAAUUCAACAUGUGUCAACUAUCCUAUUUCAACUUUAGCAUUACGAUUUAAGGUUCAAAUUUGAUUGGAUUUUCGGGAAAUGUGACGUCUUCAAAUGAAUCAUCAAAUUCUUGUUGAUUAGUGCGGCCAGGAAAAAGGACAAUUUAGUUUAUCUACAUUAAACUAGCCUAAUUAUAGUAAUUGUAAUCUGGAUAGUUUUGUUACUCUCCAUACAUCCACCAUAAGUAACUAAGUUUGUUGCUCUAUGUAUCAAAAAUGUCUAAGUAGAUAUGAACACUCACUCUUGGAAAAUCUGAGAAAUGGUGUGUAUUUUCAUAAAAAAUAUACAAAAAUGUUUAAAACACCAAAAGUUGAUUACCUAUCUGUAUAACUGUAGCCGUUAUAGUACUAUAUGAUUUUAUUAAAAUAUCGUUAAACGCUAUAAAAGUACAGCCUAGUGUAAAAAUAUGGGUUGUAACGCCCCUACCACCACGCGCCAACAGAUGGCGCUACUAGUACCGUAAAGCCAAAGAUAGAUAUAACUCCGUAAGUAAAAAGGCCAAAACUAGUAGCGCCCUCUGAACGAGAAUCAAAUUUUCUUGAUUUUCGAGGCACGUUUUUUCCUUAGACUGUAUCCAUCUAUUACGGAGUUAUAUCUAUCUUUGGUAUUGUCAUGCUCAUGCUAUUACUUUAGGUUUGAACAGUAAUAUAUUGUAGUAAAACUUCUUUAAGUUUUGACACUUCGAGUUAAAUUAAUUGACUUAAAUAAUAUUUUUGCGUAAUAAAAUACCUUAUUGCGGUUUGUUUACAUUUUGUUAAAUACUUAAAGGAAUACACUCAACUACUCAAGUCCCAUCGAAACGAACUAGGUCAAACUGGUCAAAGCAAAGCGAACGAUUUGCAAAAUUUUGGAAAUCCCAAAUAUGUUUUGUGUAAAUCCUUAAACUUACCAAAAUAUGACCUAAAUUAGUUUGCAUAUGCAUAGUUCAAUUCUAACUUUGUAGGAACAAAACGCAGCUAGUGUAUAAUAACAACGAAAAUAAUCAUGCUAGGUCCAAACAACUUUAAGCUUUAAAACUUUAAGCAAUAGAACUCAUUGACUCAUCACAUCAUUGCAUUGUAUCCUGCGCGUUGCGCGAGCGAGAAAUGAGAAAUACUGUAGGUAGAACGUAGAACCCGCCCGAACUACCGCUGUAGCUCCUUCGUGUUACUUCGGUCGACCGACGGCGUCGACGCGCGGCCGAGACAAUAGACAUCGCUUAUCUUAUCUAUUCACUUUAGUAAAUCGUUGCCGGGGGUGCGAGUGUACGGAUAUAUUGGGAUAUACUGAUAUAUUUGGAUUCGUAAAGACAAGAAGAGUGAUUCAUGAAAAGAGACAGAUAUGUAUCUUUUAUAUCUAUAUCCCCUGAGUUACCCAUCUCUACCUUGCUCGGCAAGCGAGUGCUAAUAUUGUAAAGCCUCCAAGUUGGAAAUACACGCGCUUUUUUUUUUUUAUAAGAACCUGACUUGGGCUCUAUUGCAGGGGGGGCAAUUAGAGCGGUAGGACUGUGUGGGGGGAUGGUAGGCUGGGGAAAAUCCAGGACCCUUCCGCAUCACACGAGACGGUUUUUGCUACGCUGGAAUACUCCUAAAGAGUUUUCGCUCCAGCGCAGAUCAGUUGAGCGGUCUCAACCUGAUCUGAGGGUGUAAAGGGAAUACACGCGCUUAACGUAACGCCGCCUUUUAUCUUCGCCCUCACCUCCCCGUCCUACAGGGCGCAUAUAACUGCCUGCCUGCUUAUUAAAUAAUAAAAUAAUAUAACCAAAGAGAUUAUAAUUAUAUCAUAGUAAAUUUUGUAGCCACAGUAAAUUCACUGUCAUCUAUCGACACACGAUUAAAACUAAAAAUGAAGAAUUAUAAAAAUACCAUAAAAUGUACUUAUAUAUGGAUAAAUGUUUUUUUAAUUUGCAUUAAUUAUUUUUAUAUGAUUUUGACCCAUGUUCUUUCACUGAUAUGCGUUAAAAUUGUUAAAUAACAAACGAAACCGUCAACGCCCUCUAUACGAGAGUAGGCCAAAUUCUCUUGAUUUUCGAGGCACGUGUUUUCCUUAGACUAUCCAUCAUAGACAUAGUAUAGUAGUUAUAGACAUGAAACCGAGCGACCAGGGGUAAGAGAAAGACAUAUUCAUGUAUUGACAGGUUAAUGUAUGGCAGCAUAACACUUUUUCUCUUUGACUCUUAUAAAUUUCGGUAUUUCGCCAUCGCCUCCUACCUAUGCGGCCAUAACCCGACCAUGAAAAAAAACCCGGUCGGUGAUAAGGACAAAGCAUGGCACUAUUUUCUCUUUCCGCUUAUAGGAAUCGCAAUAAGACUAUCUUUCUCUAUCAAAGAGUGUCAGGCCCUUGGUAUCCAUCUAUUACGGAGUUAUAUCUAUCUUUGAUAUAACUCACUCAAAAAUAUGUCCCAUAGUUCUAAUUUCCCUGGCUUAUGAGCUAUGGGACAUAUUUUUGAGUAUGAUGUGUGCACCCAUAUUUUUACACUUGACUGUACAUAUCCUUUCACCAAACAUUGCUAUUUUUGUAAACCCAUAACAAAAUAUUUAUGAUAUAUAUAUAUACUCAGGCAAGCUAAUUUUGUCACUAGAAAAGGCGCGUAUUCAAAUUUUGUUUGAGAGAUCGAAACUUCGCGCCUAUAUUUUUCAAAUGAAUACUGACAAAGCUGGCUUGCCAAGUAAACGUAAUAGUAUCUAGGAAAUAUGUUUUGUAUGUAAUUGAGAUGUUGUUUUUAUGUAAGCGUGUACAUAUGAAUAAAGUAAGAUUGCUUUUAUAUCAC